AUGCACCAAGAAGCUUUGAGUGAAGCUCUUCCUGAGGACAAUGUGGGUUUCAGUGUCAUGAACGUGUCUGUCAAAGAUGUUCAUCAUGACAAUGUGGUUGGCGACAGCAAAACUGACCCACCUAUGGAGGCAGCUGGCUUCACAGCUCAGCUCCUGGUUUUGCUGAUCCAGCACAGCAGGCGAUGGUGUUUGCAGAAGGACUCUUGGUUCCUGUCUCUGUUCUGGAUUCUUUCAAUACUUUGUGGCACGUUCCAAUUUCAAACUCUGAUCCGGAUGCUCUUAAAGGACAGCAAUUCCAAUCUGGCUUACUCGUGCCUGUUCUUCAUCUGCUAUGCAUUCCAAAUCCUGAUCUUGAUCCUUUCAGCAUUUUCCGAAAAAGAUGACUCGUCAAAUAAUCCAUCACUCACGGCUUCAUUUCUGAGUAGCAUUACCUUUAGUUGGUAUGACAGCAUUAUUCUGAAAGGCUACAAGCAUCCUCUGACACUCGAAGAUGUCUGGGAUGUUGAUGAAGACAUUCAAACCACGACACUGGUCAGCAAAUUUGAAACGUGUAUGGCAAGAGAGCUGCCCAAGGCCAGGCGGGCAUUCCAGAAAAGGCAGCAGAAGAACGCCCAGCGGAGCUCUGGAGCCAGGUUGCAUGGCCUGACCAAGAACCAGAGUCAAAGCCAAGAUGUCCUUGUCCUGGAGGAAGCUAAAAAGAAAAAAAAGGAGUCUGGAACCACGGAAGACUUUCCCAAGUCCUGGCUAAUCAAGACCCUCUUCAAAACCUUCUACGUCAUACUCCUGAAGUCGUUCCUGCUGAAGCUAGUGCAUGACAUCCUCAUGUUCCUGAAUCCCCAGCUGCUGAAGUUGCUGAUCUCCUUCGCAAACGACCCUGACACCUAUUUGUGGACUGGAUAUCUCUAUUCAGUCCUUUUAUUCGUUGUGGCCCUCAUCCAGUCUCUUUGCCUCCAGUAUUACUUUGAACUGUGCUUCAAGCUGGGUAUAAACGUACGGACAACCAUCAUGGCUUCUGUAUAUAAAAAGUCGCUGAUCCUAUCCAACCGGGCCAGGAAGCAGUAUACCGUUGGAGAAACAGUGAACCUGAUGUCUGUGGAUGCCCAGAAGCUCAUGGACGUGACCAACUUCGUCCACCUGCUGUGGUCAAAUGUUCUACAGAUCGUCUUAUCCAUCUUCUUCCUGUGGAGAGAGUUAGGACCCUCAAUUUUAGCGGGCAUUGGGCUGAUGGUGCUCCUAAUCCCAGUUAAUGGUAUAAUCGCCGCCAAGAAUAGGACUAUUCAGGUAAAAAAUAUGAAGAAUAAAGACAAACGUUUAAAGAUCAUGAAUGAGAUUCUCAAUGGGAUCAAGAUCCUGAAAUAUUUUGCCUGGGAACCUUCAUUCAAAGACCAAGUCCACAACAUUCGGAAGAAAGAGCUCAAAAACCUGCUCACCUUCGGGCAGAUGCAGUCUGUGAUCAUGUUUCUCUUAUAUUUAACUCCAGUCCUGGUAUCUGUGGUCACAUUUUCAGUGUACGUCCUGGUGGAUAGCCGUAAUGUUUUGGAUGCAGAAAAGGCCUUCACCUCCAUCACCCUCUUCAAUAUCCUUCGCUUUCCCCUGAGCAUGCUCCCCAUGGUCAUAUCCUCCAUGCUCCAGGCCAGUGUGUCCACAGACCGUCUGGAGAAGUACUUGGGAGGGGAUGAGUUGGACACAUCUGCCAUUCGACAUGACAGCAAUUUAGACAAAUGCAUACAGUUUUCUGAGGCCUCCUUUACCUGGGACCAGGAUUCUGAAGCCACAAUUCGAGAGUGGGAAUAUAGAGUAGUGCUUAAUGGAAAUUAUUUUUUUCUUCAGGGUAUAAAUCUCAGCGGGGGUCAGAAGCAACGGAUCAGCCUGGCCAGAGCUACCUAUCAAAAUUCAGACAUCUAUAUUCUGGAUGACCCCCUGUCAGCUGUGGAUGCACAUGUGGGAAAACAUAUUUUCAAUAAGGUCUUGGGUCCGGAUGGCCUAUUGAAAGGCAAGACUCGACUCUUGGUUACACACAGCAUUCACUUCCUUCCCCAAGUGGAUGAGAUUGUGGUUCUGGAGAAUGGCACCAUCUUGGAGAAGGGAUCGUACAACUCUCUGCUGGCCAAGAAGGGAUCAUUUGCUAAGAACCUGAAGACAUUCAUGAAACAGGCGGGUCCUGAAGGAGAAGCCACAGUCAAUGAAGACAGUGAAGAAGAAGGUGACUAUGGGCUCAUGCCCAGUGUGGAGGAAACCCCUGAGGAUGUGGCCUCCUUGACCAUGGAAAGAGAGAACAGCGUUCGUCGAACCCUUAGCCACAGAUCUAGGUCUAGUAGCAGGCAUCUGAAGUCCCUAAAAAACUCCUUGAAAAUUCAGAAUGUGAAUACCCUGAAGGAGAAAGAAGAACUAGUGAAAGGACAAAAACUAAUUAAGAAGGAACUCAUACAAACUGGAAAGGUGAAGUUCUCCAUCUACAUGAAAUACCUACAAGCAGUAGGAUGGUAUUCAAUUUUCUUCAUCGUCUUAGCCUAUGUCAUCAAUUCUGUGGCUUUGAUUGGAUCCAACCUCUGGCUCAGUGCUUGGACCAAUGACUCUAAAACCUUCAAUAGCACCACCUAUCCAGCCUCUCAGAGGGACAUGAGAGUGGGCGUCUAUGGAGCUCUGGGAGUAGCGCAAGGUAUAUUUGUGCUCAUAGCAAAUCUCUGGAGUGCCCAUGGUUUCACCCAUGCAGCAAACAUCCUUCACAAGCAACUGCUGAACAAUAUCCUUCGAGCACCCAUGAGUUUUUUUGACACAACACCCAUAGGCCGGAUUGUGAACAGGUUUGCUGGCGAUAUUUCCACAGUGGAUGACACCCUCCCCAUGUCCUUGCGCAGCUGGAUUUUGUGCUUCCUGGGGAUUCUCAGCACCCUUAUCAUGAUCUGCACCGCCACUCCGGUCUUCAUCAUCAUCGUCAUUCCUCUGGGCAUCAUUUAUGUGGCUGUUCAGAUAUUGUACGUGGCGACUUCCCGCCAGCUGCGACGUCUGGACUCUGUCACCAGGUCCCCAAUCUACUCUUUCUUCAGCGAGACUGUGUCAGGUUUGCCCGUCAUCCGUGCCUUUCAGCACCAGCCGCGAUUUCUAAAACACAGUGAGGUACUGAUUGACACUAACCAGAAAUGCGUCUUUUCCUGGAUUAUCUCCAACAGGUGGCUUGCAGUUCGUCUGGAGCUGGUUGGAAACCUGGUUGUCUUCUUUUCAUCCUUGAUGAUGGUUAUUUAUAGAGAUAACCUAAGUGGAGACACUGUGGGCUUUGUUCUGUCCAAUGCACUCAAUAUCACACAAACCCUGAACUGGCUAGUGAGGAUGACAUCAGAAAUCGAGACCAACAUUGUGGCUGUUGAGCGAAUAAAUGAAUACAUAAACGUGGAAAACGAGGCACCCUGGGUGACUGAUAACAGGCCUCCGGCAGGUUGGCCCAGCAAAGGGGAGAUCCAGUUUAACAACUACCAAGUACGGUACCGGCCUGAGCUGGAUCUGGUCCUGAAAGGGAUCACUUGUGACAUCAGGAGCACGGAGAAGAUCGGUGUGGUGGGCAGGACAGGAGCUGGGAAGUCAUCCCUGACAAACAGCCUCUUCAGAAUCCUAGAGGCUGCAGGUGGCCAGAUCACCAUUGACGGGGUAGAUAUUGCUUCCAUUGGGCUACAUGACCUCCGAGAGAAGCUCACCAUCAUCCCCCAGGAUCCUAUCCUGUUCUCUGGGACCCUGAGGAUGAAUCUAGACCCUUUCAACAACUACUCGGAUGAGGAGAUUUGGAAGGCCCUGGAGCUGGCACACCUCAAGUCCUUUGUGGCCAACCUGCAACUUGGGUUGCUUCACGAACUGACAGAGGGUGGUGACAACCUCAGCAUAGGGCAGAGGCAGCUCCUGUGCCUGGCCAGGGCGCUGCUUCGGAAAUCCAAGGUUCUGAUCAUGGAUGAGGCCACUGCUGCAGUGGAUCUCGAGACAGAUCACCUCAUCCAGCUAACCAUCCAGAAGGAGUUCUCCCACUGCACCACCAUCACCAUCGCCCACAGGCUCCACACCAUCAUGGAUAGCGACAAGGUAAUGGUCCUAGACAACGGGAAGAUUGUAGAAUAUGGCAGCCCUGCCGACCUGCUGAAAAACCCUGGCCCCUUUUAUUUUAUGGCCAAAGAAGCUGGCAUUGAAAAUGCGAGCAGCACAGCACUCUGACAGCAAAUCAAUGGCUGACAGAAGGACUAUAGGGAUCAUUCCUUAAUUUUAUUUUUGUGAAAUAUAUCAUAUGUACAGAAGUGUGUGUAAAAUGUACAUUUUAAAGAAGGAUCACACCUUCUUUAAAUGCCCAUGUACCCACUACCCAGGUUAAGAAAAUGAAUAUUAUGAGCUACACCCAACAACCCCCUGAUGACCCCACUUUGAUCCUACUUUUUUGCUACCCAUCCCCCAGAGAUAACAUCCUGUACCUUGUGAUAAUUAUCCCCUUGCUUUUCGUUUUAGUUUUACCGCUUCGUAUGUACCCUUAAACAAUGUGUACCUUUUCUUAAGCUUGUGUACAUGGCCUGACCCAUACUGCAUGUAUUUUUCUAUGACUUUUGUUCAGUAUCACUUUUGAGAUUCAUCCAUGUUGAUGCACGCAGUGGGGCUGGUUCAUUCU